AUGAAAAGAAAAACGAUUAAAAAACACGAGCGGAUGUCAUCUUCUGACGAAGGUUUAUUUGAAAUCGAGAAAUUUAAGAAAUGUUCAAAAACAUUUUUGAUUAAGAAUACUUUAAAUUUUAUAGACUACACGCUUUUUUUUAACUAUGUUAGAGAUAAAUUAAUUUUAAAGUUAAAAGAAUCAUGUUUACAAUCAUCUAUAAAAUUUAAUUUACAUGUGGAUAGCGUAUACGAAAGAAUACUCACUCAAGAAGUUCGGGACAUAGCUUUCAAAACUUCUAAUACACUUGCAUGUAAUUCAUCCAAUUUCAAUAAAUUACUAAAUGGAAUGUUCAAUAAAUUAUUAUCUGAACAAGACCAGUUUUUAGCGAAAGGAUCUGGGUGGUCCCUUAAAACUAUAGAUGUAUUACAAUUGAGAAUUAAUACAGUGAAUCCUCUCAGAGGAAGAACGUAUCUAGAUCUACCUGAAUAUAUAAAAGAUAAAAGAGCAAUUAUAAAUGUAAAAAAUAACGAUGCUAAAUGUUUUAAAUAUUCAAUACUAUCUAAGUUUGAUAAUCGAUCGAAUAAAACUUAUUUGAAUAAGAAAUAUUUUAAAAUGUUAGAAACAAAAAGUGGUUUAGAUUUUAAAUGUAUUGAUUUUCCAACACCAAUCAGUCAGAUGAAAAAAUUUGAACGUACAAACGAUGUAUCAAUUAAUAUUUAUAGUUUAAAUGAUAAAAAACAUAUUUUUCCUUUGUAUAUUUGUAAUACUGAAAGAAAAAAACAUUUCGAUCUUUUUCUGUUCAAUAAUGAUGAAACAUCACAUUACUGUUAUAUAAAAAAUUUUUCAAGAUUCGUUAGAAGUCAGAAAACUAAAAAUUGUACUAAGCUAAUUAUAUGUAAAAGAUGUUUUACUACUUUUGGGAACAAACCGUGUAAAAGCAAACUUUGGGGUAUGAAAGGAUUGAUUGAACAUCAACAUAAUUGUAGAAAGAACCAAUUAGGGAAACCUAUAAUGUUUGAAGAGGGAGAUGAUGAUUUUAUUUAUUUUAAAAGUUAUAAAAAAACUCAAAGGAUACCAAUUGUUAUUUAUGCAGACUUCGAAUGUAUUUUAACUCCUAAAAAACCUGAUGAAUUCAUUCAGAGUUGUAAAAAAAAAAAAACAUAUAUUACACAUUUACAUGAAAUUAUGAGUUAUGGGUUUUAUGUAAAGUCGACUAUGAUAUUAUACCAAAAGAGUUAGUAAAACAGUUGAAGAUUCCUAAAAAGGUGGUUAUUUAUAGAGGUGAAAAUGCAGCAAAAAAAUUUAUGGAAAAUAUGAUUG